UGCACUUACGAAAGUUGAAAAUCAUGUCGACCUCAGUGUUUCAAAUUCUUCUGCUUCUGGUUUCCCUCAAGUUGCAAGCAUCAGGUGCUGCACCUGGACUUGCGAAGCCUAACUGUGCUGAAAAAUGCGGGAACGUCACCGUUCCCUUCCCCUUCGGAAUAGGAGCCGGGUGUUUCUUGGAUGAAUGGUACCAGAUCGUCUGCCAACAAAACAACACGGUUCCCAUUCUGAAGAAGAUUGGAUUGCGAGUUCUCGACAUUUCACUCCCUGAUCGAUACGAAAAUGGCAUGAUUGACAUUAGCCUUCCUGUAAUUUACUCAAAUGCAAACUGCGGGGGUGACGGACGUGCUGCGAGGGUAAGCUUGGAAGGAAGUCAAUUUGUCUUCUCCCAGACAAGGAAUGUCUUUACAUUAGUCGGUUGCAACACCCUGGCCACAGUGAAUACCACACAAUCAGCUUUUGUCGGUUGCAGGUCGAGAUGUGCUGGAACCAACACCAGCAUUAGCUGGAAUAGUUCUUGUUCCGGGAGGGAUGGCUGCUGCGAGACUAUGCUCCCCCUUAACCUUCAGGGCUUUAGUGUGGAUUUCAAAGAAGAAAGUGGACAUCAGGGGUGCAAGUACGCUUUCUUGAGGUCUGACUUUACAGGUUUCUAUGAUUUGAAAGUGAAUGAGACGGUUCCAGUGGUGCUGGAAUGGGGGAUUGCGAACGAUACUGACUAUGGACGCAAGCUUAUGUCAGAGACUUCUUAUCCUUCCGUAUGUCGCACAUACAGCGUUGACAACAGUGAAGUGCUAUUUACACAGUGCUAUUGCACACGGGAGUAUGGUGGUAACCCAUAUCUUAUGGAAGGAUGCAAAGGUAACCCAUUCCAUGCUAUCACGUUCCGUAUUUUUUAUUCAAGGAGAUCGGUUUCGCUGCUAAUAUAUUUGCUUCUGGUUUCACAACCAUCAGGAACUGCACCUCGACCACCUCGACCUCGAAGCCUUGACUGUGCUGAAACAUGCGGGAGCGUCACCAUUCCCUUCCCCUUCGGAAUAAGAGCCGGGUGUUUCUUGGAUGACUGGUACCAGAUCGCCUGCAAACAAAACAACACGGUUCCCAUUUUGAAGAGGAUUGGAUUGCGAGUUCUCAACAUUUCACUCCCUGAUGAAGACGUGGAUGGCAUGAUUAACGUUAGGCUUCCUGUAAUUUGCUCAAAUGCAAGCUGUGGGGGUGACGGACGUGGUGCAAUGGCAAGCUUAAAAGGAAGUCCAUUUGUCAUCUCCCAGACAAGGAACAUCUUUACAGUAGUCGGUUGCAACGCUCAAGUGACAGUAAAUAGUACAGAAUCAGCUGUUUUCGGAUGCCGGUCGAAAUGUGUCGGAGCCAACUUCACCAGUAGCAACUAUAGUGCUUGUUCCGAGAGUGAAGGAUGCUGCCAGAGUUCGCUCCCCUUUAACCUCCAGGACUUUGGUGUGGAUUGCGAAGAAGAAAGCGGAGAUGAGGGGUGCAAGUACGCUUUCUUGGCGUCUGAUUCAGGUGUUUAUGAUUUGAGAUUGAGUGAUACGGUUCCAGGGGUGUUGGAGUGGGGGAUUGCAAACAAUACCACGUAUGCACUUGACCUUAUCGAGAAAGGAUACUAUCGCGUAAGUAAAUCUUUCACCUGUACAAGAUUUAAAAGUUUGAGCAGUGAAGGAGAAGGAAUUACAUAUAGAUAUAGAAGCUACAGCGUCGACAGUGGUGAAAUACUAUCUGCGCAGUGCCGUUGCCGUACGGGGUAUCAUGGUAAUGCCUAUCUUAUUGGAGGAUGCAAAGGUAUUGACGAAUGUAAUUCAUGGUGCCCCGGGAUUUGUGUGGACACAGGGGCCUCCUUUCGCUGCGUCAGUGGUGGAAAGACCAAGUUCAUUCUUAUUGGAACUGGGGCAGGCCUUGGGGCACUACUUUUAUGUCUUGCCUUAUGGGGGCUGUACAAAUACAUCAAGAAGAGAAAAGAAAUCAAGCUCAAAGAGAAGUACUUCAUUGGUCUUUUGCUGGAAAGUGAGCUAUCUUCGGCCAAAGGCCAUGUUGAGAAAAACAAAUUGUUCAACUCCAAGAAUCUAGAGAAGGCUACUGACAAUUUCAACAAGGAUAGAAUACUUGGGCAAGGUGGACAAGGUACUGUUUACAAAGGAAUGUUAACAGAUGGCAAAAUAGUUGCUAUUAAGAAACCGAAAGCAAUAGAUGAGGGCAAAGUCAAACAAUUUAUAAAUGAAGUCGUCAUUCUCUCACGGAUCAACCAUAGAAAUAUCGUUAAGUUAUUGGGGUGUUGCUUGGAGACAAAAGUCCCACUUUUAGUAUACGAGUUUAUACCAAAUGGGACUCUAUACCAAUAUUUGCACGACUCAAAUGAGAAGUUUCAUGUAUCAUGGGACACACGCCUACGAAUUGCAGCUGAAAUUGCAGGAGCAAUAUUCUACUUGCACUCAGCAACCUCAAUUCCCAUUUAUCAUCGAGACAUCAAGUCCACCAAUAUCCUCCUGGAUGAAAAAUAUCGAGCAAAAGUGGCAGAUUUCGGUACUUCCAAGUUUAUUUCCCUCGAUCAAACUCAUGUAACCACGUUGGUGCAAGGGACUAUUGGCUACCUAGAUCCCGAGUAUUUCCAAACAGGUCAAUUUACAGACAAAAGCAAUGUGUAUAGUUUUGGAGUUGUUCUUGUUGAACUAUUAACGGGACAAAAGCCAAUCUCGUUGCUGAGGGAACAAGAAGGCAGAAGCCUUGCGACCUAUUUCAUAAUUUCAAUGGAAGAAAAUCGGCUGUUCGACAUUGUGGAUGCUCAAGUUUUGAAAGAAGAUAAGAAGGAAGAGAUUGCAUUAGUUGCUAACCUUGCGAAAAGAUGCUUGAACUCGAAUGGGAGGAGCCGGCCCACAAUGAAAGAAGUGGCAAUGGAGUUAGAGGUGAUGAGAAAGUUCCCAAAUCCUUUGGGUAUUCAGCAAAAUCAAGAGGACCAGGAGGCAACUGAAUCUUAUGUUGCUGCAUGUAAAUCCAGCAAGUCAAACAUCAAUGUGGAUGUCACUACAUUUUCGGAUGUGCAACCAUUCUUACCUAGUGAGACGUGGUGAAGAUAUGUUUUGCCUCUUAUACUUAAGAUUUAUAUCGCUGCGUUUGUCAUGGAAAUCAGUUUUCAGAGCAAAAGAUAGAGAAAAGAGGGAAGGGAGGAAAGCUUGUUAGUUUACUAAUAGGAGGAUUUUGGUUAGUUAUUUAUUGUUAAUGAACUUAUUCUCAGUGUUUGGGAUCAAUGAACUAUUAAGUCAUGCAAAUCCCAAGUUUAUUCUAGUCCUGUAAUUAGCAUAAUGCUGUGAUUUCAGUUCAUCUUGAGAUCUUUGAAUACUUGCUAUCAAUUCGAUUGUUACAAAACUUACGUCAA